AUGGCCUCUUUCUGGAUCUUAGCUUUGGCCCUCUUUGCAGGAGCCCAAUCAGCCUCCGCCUCUAGCCGCAUCGUAGGCGGUAACCCCACGAGGGUAGAAGACUACCCCUCAAUAGUUCAAGUGGAGUUCCAGAAUAUCUUCUCUCAGAUAUGGUCUCAAUCUUGUGCUGGUAGCGUUCUUACAAGGUCAUAUGUCUUGUCUGCCGCUCAAUGUUUUUCUGGAAGCUAUUACAGCCCUGAGCUACGUCGCAUUCGAGCUGGAAGCAGCACUCGCAAUGUCGGCGGUGUUAUCGCCGACGUUCAAGUUGCUUUUAACCAUGAAUCUUUUGGUUCACUUGGUAGUGAAGGAGACUUAAGCGUGGUCAGACUGACCACUCCAUUGAUUUACACUCCUGUUGUGCAGCAAGCUAGCAUCAUCCGUCAAGGAACACAUAUUCCCGAUAACUUACCAGUAACAUACGCUGGUUGGGGUUUCACUACGGCGAGUGGCAAUCCUUCUAGUGUUCUUCUCGUUACAUCAGUUUUUACUGUCAACAACACAGUGUGUGCUGAAAGAUACGCCUCUCUUCCUGAGGAGAUACCUGUUACUAAAAAUAUGAUCUGCGCUGGUCUCCUUGAUAUUGGUGGACGAGAUGCUUGUUUUGGUGACUCUGGAGGACCCUUGUACUAUAAUAAUGUCGUAAUUGGUGUGAUAUCUUCAGGUAUAGGUUGUGGUAACGCUACUUACCCUGCCAUCAGUACGUCAGUCGCUUCAUAUACUAAUUGGAUUCAAUCUAUAGCAGUU